GGCGGCGAUGUCUCUGAAAAAGGGUAAAUAAGACGGGUUGUGAGGUUGGUCUGCUUCGAGUGGCGGCCACCACAGCUUCACGAUGAAACGAUUCCUUCUCUUCGCUAUCAUCGCAGCCACCAGCGCUGGCGCGGCACCCGCAGCAAAGUGCCGCUGUCAGCAAGGCCAGGAUUGCUGGCCUACCAGCAGCGAUAUCGAGGCUUUUGGCAAGACACUCUCCCGUCCGGAAGCCCUCUUAGCAAAUAUACGGCCCCCUGCCAGCGUGUGCCACGGUAGCGAAUACGACGAAACCAGUUGCACCGCUGCAAACGCUUCUUGGGCCAACCCGUUCUGGCUGUCCGAGCAGCCAGGUGCUAUGCAGGAGCACCUCUACGAGGCUGUGGGUCCCUAUGCAAACAACGACACCCUUGUGUGCGAUAUUGCUACUCCAAAGGAGCAGCCAUGCGGGCAGGGCGAGGUCCCCACCUUUGGCGUGGAAGCUCAUGAGGACAGCGAUGUAGUCAAAGCACUGGACUUUGCCCACCGUCACAACAUCCGACCCGUCAUCAAGAACACAGGACACGACUUUAUGGGACGUUCUGCAGGGUCCGAUGGCUUUCUUGUCUGGACCCACCGCCUGAAGAAUGCAACGGUGGAGACCGAUUUUGUGCCCGCAGGCUGCACGAAAAAGGAGCCACACGCGCUCCGUCUCGGCGCCGGUGUGCAAUGGAACGACGCCUACAAUACUGUCGCCGCAGUCAACCGGACCGUCGUGGGUGGCAUCAGCGGCAACGGCACCGUCGGUUCCGCUGGUGGCUGGCUUGCCGGAGCGGGUCAUUCGAUCCUCAGCCCGGCGCACGGCCUUGGUGUAGACAACGUGCUUCAAUUCCGCGUCGUUCUGCCUCCAGCAGGCAAUCGAGCGUAUGCCAAUCGCCGCAUCGUCACCGCCUCUUCUUGCUCGCAUCCCGAUCUUUUUUGGGCUCUUCGUGGCGGCGGCGGAGGUACCUUUGGGGUUGUCACAGAAGUUGUAUACCGCACCCACGAGGACCGGCCUGGACUCUCGGCGUUUGGGAGCGUCAACACAACCGAUGCGGCCGUCUUCAAACGAUUGACUCACGCAUUCUUGCAGACCAUUGGGACGACGUUCGUUGACGACAAGUGGGGCGGCUAUGGCUUCAUCACGCCUCUGCCUACAGUCAAUGCGAUCAGCUUCUAUCUCUAUAGAACCGACGUGCUACCUGACUCUGACGAAGAACGGACGCUCAACAGGACCAUGACCGGCCUUCUAGACCGCCUGCAGCGCAUCGCGGCCUCGCCACAGCCCAUUGGAACAGUAACGAGGCUGCCCAACUUCCAAGCGCUUCUUGCAAUCUUCAAUGGUGGUGUCUCUGGUUCGGGCCCCUCGGUGCAAAGGCGUGAUGACGUUCACAAGCGGAGCGAUAACGGCAAGUCGGCGCCACGCACGUUUGAAACUAGCCGUCUACUUCCUCGGACAUUCUUUGAGAACUCUUCGGCUGUGAAUGAGUACCUGGACGCCGCCGAGGGCACCAAUAUCCUUACCCACAACGUUCUGGGUGGAGCUGUUUCCCAACACGGCGCCGAUUCAGCUGCCGCUCAUCCAGGGUGGCGCAAGAACGUCGUGCACGUUCUUUCGCUCGCGAACGAACCCGUCACAUCAAAGGAGGCUAAGAAGACUCUGGACAAGGUCACUAAUAUCGUCUACGGAAAGGACCGAGCGGCCAAAGAUGUUGCCUGCUAUCUAAACGAGGCCCCAUACGACGAUGAUUACUGGCCACGCUCGUUCUUUGGCAGCCACUGGGAGCGUCUCUCGCACCUCAAAAGAGCUGUUGACCCGCUUGACCAGCUCAUCGUCUAUCGAGGAGUCGGGAGCGAGCGAUGGAGCGACGACCUGAAAUGUCUACGGUCUGGUUGAGGUUUUCAUCUUUGUCACUUGUUAAGCAAUUCAACUGUGUAAGACGGGACAGUCCAAGCUCCAAUGGAGGGGAGGGCAUUGGAGGU